AUGGGCCCAGCACCGGUUAAGAAGAAACAGACGGCCGCUGGCGAGCGGUCUAGCGAUACCUGGAAACCUAUGAUCACGUAUUACGGCGAUGAGUCCCAAGCGAAAGAUACACAUGCUAGUUCCCAGCCUCGCAGUGGCAGCAAUUUGAACGUAGAUAGUACUCAGGUCAAACCGGAUGAGAACCUACAGCCUCGUGACAAGAACAUGGCCCAGACUACGACUCCCGGAGAUACUGCAAGGAUGCUGGCGGAAGAUUUGAUUGACUUUUCUCCAUCUGCCUUGGCGCAUGUGCAAGAAAAAUACAAUAGGGGCACGGCCCAUCCGAUGUCGGGCAACGCGGAUCUCCUGUCUGACGCCUUCGGUGAUGUGUCUCUGUCAGGGAGUAAGAUGGGAUUUGAGGCGAUGCUUCCCAACUCCGGAGGUGAAAGUACAAACGAGAGAGGUAUGUUUGUCCCUCCCAAUGCUCUUGAAGGUGUGCGGGAAGCCCUCGAAAUCAACAAAGCCGGUAAGGCUGUAACCUGGAACUGGUCGGAAGAGCCCCCACAGGUUCGAGAGGUCACAAGGGAAGAAUGCGAGGAGCUUCAGCCUACACCUGCUUUUGAUGAGUUCAUGGUUCAGCGUUGGGACCGGCCUUGGCUCGCACCCAAAGUGUCGAACGGGAGUCAGGCAACGCCUAUGGAGAUUGACAGAAAUGGCAGUUUCAGCGCUAAUGCAAAAAAGUUGAAUCGGUACAUCGGCGAAACGGUUACAAAAGCGACAGAGUCAACGGCAGCAAAAGCCAGGGAUGCGGUUGGUUCACAAACUUGUACCAUGGAGGCCGACAACAUUAGCCUCAGUGCCACAGGCACCGCUGGUGUGCCUGCAUCGAGCAAGACUGCAGACACGGCAGCAGCAGCGACAACAGCCAAGUGCAAUGCAGAGAAUGACGAGCAGCGCGAUUCGACUCAGCGGGGAGGCAACGAGCGGCAGAGCAGUGGGGGGAGAGACGGACAACAACGUGACAGAAAGCAGGGACAAGGAAAUGUAGGCAAGAAGCCGAGGAGAGGUCGUGACAGCAACGGGACAUGGAACAAGAGCGACCGAGAUGGGCGGCCGAAGAAGCGGCCACGAUUCGAGUGGGAGGACCGGGGGGGCAACGGCGGCAACGGCAGUCAAGGUGGCGAGGGAGGUGAAGGCGAGCAGCGACGUUCGAACAUGAGAAUUCCGUUCAGCGCGGAAGAGAUUGCGGCAGAGGAGCGGCGUCCAAAGCGCAAGGUGGCAGUGAUGAUUGGAUAUGCCGGGACAGGGUACCGGGGAAUGCAGAUCAACCACGACGAGAAGACGAUUGAGGGCGACCUGUUUGCAGCGUUUGUGGCGGCGGGAGCGAUUGCCAAGACGAACGCAGACGACCCGAAGAAGUCGAGCCUGGUGCGAUGUGCGCGCACAGACAAGGGGGUUCACGCGGCCGGCAACGUGAUCUCGCUCAAGCUGAUUGUGGAGGAUGCCGACGUGGUGGAGCGGAUCAACGCCCACCUGCCGCCGCAGAUCCGAGUCUGGGGCAUCCAGCGGACGAUCAACAGCUUCAGCUGCUACCAGGCGUGCGACUCGCGCUGGUACGAGUACCUGCUGCCGAGCUACGCGCUGCUGCCGCCACACCCGGACAGUUUCCUGGGCCGCGAGAUGGUGGCGUCGGCACGGCGGGCAGACGCGGCCGAGGGCGCAGUCGGCGGCAUGUACGACGACAUGGUACACCGUCUCGAGGACGUGCGCGACUUCUGGUCGGACGUCGAGCGCGAUGUGGUGACGCCCAUCCUGGACGGCCUAGACGCCGAAGUGCGGCGGCUGGUGGUCGAGCAGCUGCACGCGACCGACUUCCGCACGCUUGGACACCGCAGCCUAGACGACAUUGAGAAGACGGUCGAAGAAGCGGCAAAACCGGCGGCGGAACUAACAGCCACGGCGCCCGAGACGCCGACCAAGGCGGCCGUGGACCAGGUGCUGCGCGAGAUCAAAACGGCCUAUGUGGCGGCUAAGCGACGGUAUCGGAUCACGCCGACACGGCUCGCACGGCUGCAGGAGGCGCUGUCGAUGUACGAGGGCACGAGCAACUUCCACAACUACACGGUGCAGAAGUCGUUCAAGGACGCGUCGGCCAAACGGCACAUCAAGUCGUUUGUGGUCAACCCGGAGCCGAUCCAGAUGCGCGACACGCAGUGGCUCUCGCUGCGCGUGCACGGCCAGAGCUUCAUGAUGCACCAGAUCCGCAAGAUGGUAGCCAUGGCGGUGAUGCUGACACGCUGCGGCACGGCGCCAGGCCCGGCCAUGAAGCUGAGCUAUGGGCCGCGGCGCAUCAGCAUUCCGCGGGCGCCCGGCUUCGGCCUGCUGCUCGAGCGACCCGUCUUUGACAGCUACAACCUGCGGGCCCAGGCCAACUUUGGCAAGGAGCCCAUCGAUUUUGACUCGUACGGCGCUGCUUUCCGCACCUUCAAAGACGAGCAGAUCUACGCGCGGAUUUGGGAUGUCGAGGAGAGCCAGAACCUCUUCCACGCUUUCUUCCACCAGCUGGACAACUACAACACCAGCUACUACAUGUGGGCCAUACCCGGCGGCUUCGACGCGGCCUUUGAGCGCUUCGGCCACGGCCUGUCUGGACCACAGCCGGCUGCUCUUCCCGGGGACGAAGGCGACGAGGUUGCCGAAGGAGAGGAGGGUGACGGCUAG